AUGGAUUUUCGCCUAAAAGAACUAAAAUCAUUGUUAAGUAGUGACUUGAAUGACAUUCGUGUGGUUGGGAUCUAUGGACCUGGUGGAAUUGGUAAAACUACCAUUGCCAAGAUUGUUUAUAAUGAGAUCCAAUAUCAAUUCAUUGGUGCUAGCUUUCUUCAAGAUGUUAGAGAGACAUUCAACAAGGGUUGUCAACUUCAACUACAACAACAACUUCUUCAUGAUACAGUGGGGAAUGAUGUAGAGUUUAGCAAUAUCAAUAAAGGAAUCAACAUAAUAAAGGCCAGACUUAGCUCAAAAAAGAUUCUUAUUGUAAUUGAUGAUGUGGAUCAGUUGCAGCAAUUAGAGUCAGUGGCUGGAAGUCCUAAAUGGUUUGGUCCAAGAAGUACAAUUAUCAUUACAACUAGAGACCAACAUCUAUUGGUUGAGUAUAGAGUGAAUAUAUCAUAUAAGGUUAUAGAAUUACAUUAUGAGGAAGCUCUUCAACUCUUCAGCCAACAUGCCUUUAAACAAAAUGGUCCUAAAGAAGAUUAUGUGGACCUCUCAAAUCGCAUGGGACAUUAUGCUCAAGGUCUCCCUUUGGCCCUUAAAGUUCUAGGUUCUUCUCUUCAAGGCAUGACAAUAGAAGAAUGGAAAAGCGCAUUGGUUAAAUUGAAAAAAAAACCCUAA